CAGGGGAUUUCCGAUUCUACUGAGAAGGCCUUCUCCUUCUCACUUCUCCCCCUCGCUCGCCGCCGAUUUUGACAGCCACGAGGCAGGGCCACGAACGCAGCGAGGAGCAGCUGGCGCUGUCCCUGCUGCAGCAGUGGCUGGCGCAGCUCUUCGCCGAGAGCGCUGGCGCCAGCGCUGGCGACGCCGCGGGCGCUCGAGACGGCGCCCUGCGGCUGCUGCUGCGGCUCGCCGCGCUGGCGCUGGCCUCGCACCAGGCGCUCGCGCUGGCCGUCGGACACGCGCUGCUCGGCUACUUCUGGUGGGGCGGGUCCGCCCACCUGGCGCCCGCGCCAGGCGGGUCGCCGCGGGGGCCCAGCGUGGACGUGGGCCUCGCGGUGCUCUGGAGCGCGCGGUGGAGCAUGCGGGCUGCCACAAGGCCGAGGGGCAUCCUGACGACGCGGGCUUCAUGGCCAGGCAGUGCCCCUGGCGCUGGCGGUGCCUGCUGAUGGUGUCUGCGGAGCUCGGCCACCACCUGGCCGUCGGCCUGCGCGACCUGCCCCGUGCCGCGGGCGCACUGCGCCGGACCUCCCGGCUGUUGGCGAGCGUGGGGGCUCUGCCGUUCUUCCGCCACCACGACACCGCGAGUCCGCUGCGGCUGAACCAGAACCGCGACUUCUUCCCCGCCGCUUCGCACUGGCCCGUCUGGAGCAGGCCGAGCUGGCCGCCGUUCGCGUGCUUCCUGGAGGAGCACCACGCCACCUUCCGCAGCGCCCUGGAGGAGCUGCUCGCGGCGGACCCGGCCGGGGAGGUGUUCCGCGCCGUCGGUCUGCAGCAGGGUGACCGGCUGGCUCGUGAGCCGGAGGAUUGGUCCCGCGUCGACCUGGUCAACUCGGGCGGCAUGACGGACUGGUGCGGCCUGACACCUUGGCUGCGGCGCAGCUGCGAGCUACUGGCGACCCGGUCGGAGAUCAACAGUCGGUGCGAGACCUACCUGGCCGGGGCGGCGUUGGCGCGGCUGCUGCCCGGGGCCGAGCUCCGGCCCCACUUCGACACGAACCCGCGCCUGGCGGCGCACCUGGGCCUUCGGACGCCCCCGGGGGCGCACAUGGUGGUGGCCGACGAGGUGGUGGUGUGGGAGGAGGGGCGCGCCGUCGUGUUCGACGACACCUACGUCCACCGCGUCCAGCACGACGGGGCGGAGCCGCGGUACCUGCUGGUGGCGUGGAUGUGCCACCCGUGCGACCUCGGCUGGAGGGCGGGCCUCGGCGCCGCUUGGGCCGCCGAGAAUCCCCUGCCGAAGGAGUGCGGGGGCGGCGGCGGUGCGCCCCCUGCGGGCGGCGGCUUCGGGCUAGGUGGGGGCGAGCGGGCGGCUGCUGCGUGAGAGCUGCACGGCUGGCGCGCGCGUCCAAAGAUGGACGCAACCUCGCAGGGGUGCCCUCGUGUUCUUCGCCUUUUGGGCUCUCCACUCCGGAGCGGCCCUCGUUCGGCGCAGCUCCGCGGGCCAUCGGUCACUCGGCAAAGGGGCCCAACGCUCUUGAUCCACACCGCUGUGGCCAUGUUCCGGCUGCACUGCCGUGCGGCGCGGCGGGCGGAGCGCCACGUCGUUCAUGGAGGACGCCCCGAAGUUCGCGGAGCGCGCGGCGCUGGCGCUGCCCGGCGCGGUGCGUCAGCUCAGCGCUUGCCCGCUGUGCGCGACGGGAGCAAGACGGCGCAGUGAUUCUCGGCCUACCGGACGGGGCCAGAGCACGAGCACCCCGUCCUCCCCCCCGCCGCGACCGACCGCGGCGGCCGCGCGCCGCCUGGAGGCCCCCCCGCGCCGGGCGGGCCGCCGUGGCUCUCCCUGGGAGGCCCGGGCGCGGGCGGCGAGGCGCGCCCGCAGCCAGGGGGCUGUCUGCGGCGCACGCGCCUGG